AAGCCCUGCAGAUCCCGCCUGCUACAAACCAACCAAUCCGCACUUAGAAAAGGCACAGGCAUACUUUUCUUCCGUAGACGCCGAAACUGCUAGCAGAACGCGCUCUGUCUGCGCUGUCCCCGGCUGUGGGGCACAGCCGACGCGGGGUGAGGAUCCCAGCAUGGCUGCGUGCGAGAACCCCGUGCAAGGCCUCCAGAAAGCCGCCGUUUGUUCCAUCUGCCUCGAGUAUUUCAAAGACCCCGUCUCCAUCGAAUGCGGGCACAACUUCUGCCGGGCCUGCAUCACCCAGUGCUGCGAUGAAUCCCGGAGGCACUUCUGCUGCCCUCACUGCCGGAGAAGGGCUUGCAAGAGAGACUUCAGGCCGAACAGGGAACUCGCCAGCAUGGUCGAACUGGCCAAACGGUUCAAGUUGCAGGAGGAGGUCGAAAGCGGAGGAGGGAAAGGCGGCUGUGAGAAACACCAGGAGCCCCUGAAGCUCUUCUGCGAUGACGACCAAAGCCUUAUCUGUGUGGUCUGCGACAGAUCCAAGGAGCACAGGAGCCACACCGUCCUUCCUCUAGAGGAGGCUGCCCAAGACUACAAAGAACAAAUCCAAAGUCAAUUGCAGACUCGUAAGCAAGAGAGAGAAAGACUUCAAGACCUUAAGCAAGCCAGCGAACGAACAGUUGAAGAGUAUCUGGAGAAUUUAGAUGCCAAAAGAAAGAAAAUGACCUCUGAAUUUGAACUGCUGCAUCAGUUCCUUGAGGAAAUGGAGCAGUGCCUUCUGGACCAGUUGGAUGAGAUGGAGAUGGAGAUUAGGCAAGGGCAGAAGGAAAGUGACAUCAGAUUCUCAGAGGAGAUUUCUGUUCUUGAGGGCCAGAUCAAGGAGAUGGAGGAGAAGUGUGAACAGUCAGCUAGUGAAUUCCUGCAGAAUGUCAAGAAAAUACUCAACAGAUCUAAGAAGGAAGAGCUUCAUUUGCCCAUGGAGAUUUCACAAGACUUAAAAGAAAAACUCAGUUCAUUUGAUAAGAAAAACUUUUCCUUAGAAAAAUAUCUGAAGAAAUUCAAAGACUCUUUGAUGUCCGAACUGCAAGAAAAGGAUGAGGCUGCAUCUUUGACAAUAGGCGUACAGACAGAUCAGGAGUUUUUAUGUUGGCAGAAGGAUGAGAUUCUCCCAAAUGGUGUUUCCACACCAAACCCUCAGCCUGUAGAAAAUAUGACAUUGGAUCUGGCCACAGCAGGCCCCUACGUCAUCGUGUCUGACAAUGGGAAAAGUGUGACGUUGGGAGACACACGCCAGAAACGUGCCAAGUCUCGGGACCAGUUUAACGUGUACCCCUGCGUUCUGGGCAGCAAAGGGUUUAGCUCUGGGAAGCACUGCUGGGAGGUAGAGGUUUUGGAAGGGGGGUGCUGGGCUGUGGGUGUAGCCAGAGAAUCUGUAAAGAGGAAAAAGAAACUCAACUUCCGGCCUGAAGAGGGAAUCUGGGCUUUGGAGCACUUAGGAUUCAAUCAUUACAGAGCACUGACGUCUCCUCCAACCUCUUUGCCCUUGAGCAAGAUGCACCAAAAGAUCCAGGUAUGUCUGGACUAUGAAGCAGGCCAGGUAGCAUUUUUUGAUGCAGAGAAGGAUACUUGGAUCUUUACAUUCCCCUCAACUUCGUUUGGAGGGGAAAUAAUCUAUCCCUGGCUGUGGGUGGGACUGAGAUCACAGCUCAGACUAUGUCCCUGAGGCUGCACAUACCUUUCAUAAGCCAGCCAAAUAACAGAACCGAGAACAGAUGCCAUUUUGUCCAUGUAGCAAAUGCAGAAUAGAGAUGUAAUUUCACUUCAGUGACAUCUUUUACAUGCAUUUCCACGCAGUUUAAAAUACUCCAGUUAUCUCUAUGUGAUGAACCCUAAGGGGUACCAUACUGCACCAGGCUGCUGGUCCAUCUCUUUCAGCAUUCUGUUCAUAGAGUGGCCAACCAGUUACCCUGGAGGCACAAAUGGCCUUCCCCUGAUGUUGCUCCCCCCCUCUCCAGCUCUAGUAUUCAGAGGUUAACUAUCCCUGUAUAUGGAGGCUCCUUUUAGUCACCAUGGGUAGUAGCUGUUGAUGAACUCCAUGAAUCUGUCUAAUCCCUUUUUUCAGCCAUUCAUGUUCAUGGCUGCCAUGGCAUCUACUAGCAGAGAACUACCCCAGCCAAGAAUUGUAAGCUAAGAAAACACUGCUGCAUUUUGGGAAAAAUCUGUAUCAAGCAUCUGUAAGGCUAGUGAGACUACCUGGAGGGUAAAUGUGAAUCUACACUUUGUGUCUGAGAGUCUCUGUACAUGAGACAUCUUAUACGAGGAUGCUCAAGUGUUGGGAGACAUAAUGUUAUCCAGGAAGCGUAGUUUAAAUUUCACCCCUCUAAACAGAGUUGGCAGAAAUCGCUCCUCAGAGGGUUUGUUAAUUUCAUCUUCACCUCCCCAAAGGCUCUCUUAAUUUCACCUCCUCUUUGGGGAGGUGAAGAUGAAAUCAACAAACCUUCUGAGGAGUGAUUUCUGGCAACUCUGUUUAGAGAAGUGAAAUUGACAGAGCCUUUGGCUCUUGUCUUUUUAAACUACGCUUCCUGGCUAACAUUGCAUCUCCCUACACUCGAGCUGCCUCGUGUAAGAUGUCUCAUGUAGAGAAACUCAGAACAGUGGAAAGGAGGCUAGCUCUAAGGGCCACCCAAGAAUCCACACAGAUCUUAAAUUUAUGUUGUGAAUAUGUAUGAAGUUAAAUAUAUGUGAAGAAUACAGUAAGCCAAACCACUGGCCUGUCUCUCAGUAUUGUCUGCUCUGACUGGCAGCGCCUCCCCAGUACAGAAAGGUAUUCACAGCACCUGCUACCUGAGAUAAUUUGGCAGUACCAGGGAUAUAACCUGGAACAUUCUGCAUUCACAGCUUGUGUGUUGCAACCAAGUCAUAGCCCUUCUCUUUGGGACCAGUAAAUAAGAAUCUACCCAUACUUGGCAAAAUAUAUGCUGUGCCCAGAAGGAACUCCCAGUGCUCUGCAAACACUUGAUGAAUGCCCUUAUUGUGGGGAUGCACCCUGUAAGAGCCUCAACGUUUUCUAUGACGGGUCCCACUCUUUGGACCAGUCUUGCAGAGGAGGUGUGAAAAACACAAGCCCUGACUAAAACAGAAGUUCGGUGGUGCCUUAUAAAACUAACAUUCUGGUAUUAUAUUUUCCUGAGUCAAAGUUCACUCAAAUUCUGCAGGCUGCAUAAGACCAUUGAUCGCUUUCUCUUUUUGUUGAUGCUUUCUUGAACUGAAGCAUAGUUCAAAGCAGGGACAGGCUUAACCAAUGGGCAACAGGAGCAGCUGCCCCAAGCCCUGAACCAGGCACCCCGAAGUGACAAUGUCCUUACCCCCGCCCCCAAUAGAGGGGAGAGGGAAAGAAGCGUAAGAGAAGGCUCCUGCUACCACCACCCAGCCUGUUUGGGGCUCAGGCUGCCUGCUUGCACCAUAACCAGUCACGCCUUCUCCAUUCAAAGCUUGGGCUGCUGGCUUGGCAGUGGCUCCUACCUGCUGCACACACAACAAGGGCCAAUAUUUGCUUGACUUUGGGGGAACAGGAGGCUGGCGGGACCCUAGCGGGGGAUGGUAGUGAUUCUGGGUUUCCAUCCUGAACUUCUGCCUACGGCCCCACCACCCCUAAGACCACCCCUGUUUCAGAUAGCCACAUUAGUAUUGUUGCCUUUUCUUAGACAUUCUGCUUGAUUAACUUGUAGUGAUCAGUUACAAACCACUAUAGCAUUUUUACCAUUUUGUUGUAAACUGCUUCAAGCUACAGGCCAGAUGUAUUUUUUAAAGUAAAUAAAUAAACCAGAGGUCCACAAUCUUGUUGAGCCAUUGACCACUUUAGGAAUUUAGAAAACAAGUAGUGGGAAUCACAACAAAAUGGCUGCUGUGGUGGCUGUGUCCAAUCAAAAUAUUAGGAGGUUCCAGUCGAAGCAUCCUACAAUGGAAGGAUCUGUUUCCAAAUUGGUGUUCUUCACAGACAAAAGGUGCCCCGCACAGCUGCUUUCCCCCCUGAGGUGUCAACAACAGAAACCUAUCAACUUCCCACCGUCCCCCCCAUACUAAGAGAAUGGA